AUGUCGAAUUCAUGGGCUCCCAAUGAGACGGCCUCCGAGAUUUACCUCGACAAGAUAUGGCUUCAGUCUAACAUCCUGGAGAAUAUACCCUAUGGUGUCGAGCUCACACUCUUCUUCAUGUGCUUCAUGGCCUUGCUCCAGAACAUGGACCGCUACAACUUCAAGCGACAGAUAUUUCUCUUGGUGUUCAUCACAAUCAUCUUCGGGCUGGGCACCGUCUUCAUGAUCACCAACUCUCUGCUCACCCAGCAAGCCUUCAUCGAGAACCGAAACUUCCCAGGUGGACCGGGAGCGUACCUCAACGCCAUGUUCUCCGACACCGUUGGCCUGACGAGCAGCGUGUCUUGGGUGGUGAGCAACUGGUUACUCGACAUAUUCUUGGUCUGGAGGUUCCUGGUCUUUUAUAGCGAGUUUCGCAAGUCGUGGCUUGUGGCACCUUUGCUUGCCGCUCCCUGUAUCAUGGUCAUGGCCUCUAUUACAAUCGGGAUCGUCGUCCUCAAGGACAUGGCCAAUUUCAACGAUAGCGCAGAUUCUACACCGUUCGUAGUCGCGAACCUCACUCUCUCUUACUACGUCAUCUCGCUCGCGGCCAACAUCCUCGUCUCCCUCCUGAUCGCCGGCCGUCUGCUUGUCUAUCGCCGCCGCAUUCUCGCCGUGCUCGGCGUGCCCCACGCGAGCCUUUACGCCAAUAUCGCGACGAUUGUCGUCGAAUCGGCGGUGCUCUAUUCCGCCUUCGCAAUCACGUUCCUCGUGACGUUUGGGUUGGGCGUCGAGGUUGCCGACUUCUUCCUCAACUACGUCAACUCUAUUCAGGCGAUCUGCUCCUACCUCAUUAUAUACCGGGUGGCAAAGGGCCAGGCUUGGACCGAAGAGACGAGCACGAAGAUGAAGAAUAAGGAGGAGAAAGGAUUCAGGAUUGGUACUACCGCGAGCAUUCAUUUUGCCCACAACUCCUCGGCGGACGUCACCGACUCGACGCUGACAUCGAGCAAGCACACCGAGGGUUUCAUGGUUUAA